CACACAAGUGCAGCCCAAACGACGCGCCCUAUCAAACGGAGGCAAAAGUAUGAAAAUAAUUCAAGUGUGUUGUCAAGAAGACCGCUGCGAUGAUUUCAUAGCCAAGAAAAUAAAACAUUCUCUAAUCUCGCAAUGUAAAUCAGCAGCAGCAGCAAUACAAUGGCAACACUGGCUUUGCUGGUGUUGGUGUCAUGUGUGACAGAUGGCACCAAUACCAAAGAAGGGGGAAUUCACGAAAGGAGGCACGAACUUUGCCGAAGUCGUCGUUGUCGGAGUCGGAACUCUCGGAUGGUUGGUUGGUCGCAGGCCUGUGUUGAUUGACAGAAGCCAUCUCUCGGCAGUGAGACGUGUUUUUCUUCUUGCUUGUGUUGCUCAACGAAAUUUUUGCGUGGCCUCCGAUAUCGGUCGCAGUGAGCGGUGACAACUUGUUUCGUUUUUGCCGUUUUCGUUCUGCGCGUUACGUUAGCGAUCGUGGUAAUCAUAAGCUUCGUGUGUGUGAGAGUGUUUGCGCUGAAAGUUUUUCUUACCUCGAAAAAUCCGCCCGUCCGCCUCCCUCUGGCCCGUGGGCUCCCCGAAUUUCGGCAAAUCCGGAGAAAGGAGGCAGAUUCGAGAGUGUAUGUAAAUACCGAAGUGAACCUCAAAAGUAGCCAAAACAACAACAACAUCAACUCGAAGGAAAAAAAAACUCUUGCUAGAAACACAAACAAAAACAUCGGGAGGCUCGUGUUGUGCCAGUUCCGGUGAACGAACUCCUACGACGGCAUCAAGUCAGCAGUACCUGAUUUUCUAGAGGCGCCCAGGGCAGACCAAUUUCCGGAGGGUAGCGUCUGAACCCGAUGUUUAAAUGGACGCGACUUCCAUUAUAACGCAAGUUUCGCGCGAUGACGAGCAGCAACUGAACAGCAGCUUUCCCGGAGAGAAAGUGAACAAUGUAGAUAGGCUAAAACCGCCCCGGCGGGGCUUCUUCGAGACCAUCUUCUGCUGCUGGCGGAACGCGCGGACCAAAACCAACCAGAAUGGCACCCCGAUCGACGGUUCCAUCACGCCCCCGCCGAUCCAGGGCCAGCCCCGGUAUCUGCUGCCACAGAUCCGACACUCGGAUAUGCACAAAAAGUGCAUGGUGAUAGACUUAGACGAAACACUAGUGCAUAGCAGUUUUAAGCCAAUUCCAAACGCCGAUUUCAUAGUGCCAGUUGAGAUAGACGGAACCGUGCAUCAGGUGUACGUCCUGAAGCGGCCCCACGUCGACGAGUUCCUGAGGAAGAUGGGCGAGCUGUACGAGUGCGUGCUGUUCACGGCGUCGCUCGCCAAGUACGCCGACCCGGUGGCGGAUUUGUUGGACCAGUGGAACGUAUUCCGGGCGCGGUUAUUCCGAGAGUCGUGCGUCUUUCACAUGGGCAACUACGUGAAGGAUCUGAACAAGCUCGGGCGAGACCUGCAGAAGAUAGUUAUUGUUGAUAAUUCACCCGCUAGUUAUAUUUUCCACCCGGAUAAUGCUGUGCCAGUGAAGUCGUGGUUCGACGACGCCUCCGACUCGGAGCUGCUCGAUCUGAUUCCGCUGUUCGAGAAGCUCAGCAAGGUCGACUCGGUGUACACCGUGCUGUGCAACUCGAGCUCCCAGUCCCAGCUGCAGUCGCCGCAGCAGCACCAGCAACUGCAGCAGCAGCAGCAGCAUCAGCAAUCGCCGCUCACCCAGGUGGCCCAGGACGUGAACAACACGUAACAUUGGCAACACAUGUUCAUCAACAUCGUAUGAUUAAUUUAACGUGCAUGUUUUUAUCAGUUGGUUAUUCUUUAUGAUUAGUUUUUUUUUGGUUUUAAAGCGUUUUAAAUUAACUAAGAUUAAUUGUAACACACAGAUACACAGAGAAACACACACCGGUAUAGGAUCGCGAAACAACUCCUAAAACAAUUUGGAAAAACGUGCAACAUGUGGAGAGGUUAGGCGAUUGUGUAAGUCCUUUUUUUACACAUACACACACAAACACACCCGCAAGAGAAAAGCACACAGAUUAGUGAAAAUUCGAGGAAAAGCUAGUUUUAUCUAAUGUACCACGCAGUUAGUCGUAUGUUAGUAUUGCAUGAGCGAGCGAGCGCGCCAUUGAGCUGAGCAAAGUUUAGUUAUUCAAAUUAUAAAUAUUUGCUUGUCGAAAAAUACGCUUCAAACAAGGUACUGUUAUUGGUUUUUUCUUAACUUAUUUUCAAAACGACCACUCGAGCAAAGACGCCAACGAGAAAAGGUGCCAUUUUGCCCCGGUUGAUCCCUUUUUAGAAUGGUGAGACAGAAACAAAAAACUAAAAAUCAGCCAAACGUGAUAAGUGCAACACAUGUAUAUCACCGUACAUAUCACCACUGGAAAUUUUACAGCACUCAAAGUGGCGAAACUAUCAGCAGAACUUUUAAAAAAUACAAGCAAGGGUUUAGGAAUUAGUGAGGGGGUCUCACGGGGCAAAAUGGGCACCUGAUCGCACUAGUCCAGCAGCGCCGAAAUUGCGCAUGGAAUUGAAUCACACAAUCUUUAGAUAGCGGAAAGUCGUUGCACCAACGGAGCUCGUAAUCAAACAAAAUCAAACUCAAAACAAAAUAAACGUGGCGAUCCGAACUCAAAACUAAACCUAAAAAAACGAUGUGAAUUGAUGUUGAAAUUGACACACUACACACUCACACUGCUGUUUGCUAACUAUUUACUUCUACUACCUCUACACCGAGAAAAAAAGAAAAACACUCACACUAAUAGGUAACAAAUCAAAACUACAAAAGUAGGGCAGAAUCCCGCGCUCGACAAACAUUUUCCAACGUGUUCGGUCCAAUUUUUCACCUUUGAAACACUUUUUGAUAAGAGGAUAAGCGAAGGAGAAGCUAGCGUGUCGAUUUUCCCUUGCUUUUUGACUUUCUUUCAAACUCGUUGAAGCAAUUUCACGGCGAAAAGGAUUUGCGAAGUUGCAAAAUCUGCUGCGUUGCUUUUUUUUGUUUACAAUGCGUACUCGCGGAUUUCCUUCUGGUUGCGUGGCUUCGCCACGAUUCAGCUUCCGUAAUGUCACUAUCGCGAUGAUUUUUCCGUCAAACUGUUCCGAUGAGCGAAAAAAAAACACGUGCUUGCGCUUGUCCCUGCGAUGUCCGUUUGACGUUUCGUGCAAGAAAAUUUUCCAAACGUCAAGAGAGAGCGCCUGUCAGCGCGUUUGUGUUGGUCUUGCACAGUGGGUUAAAUUCAUGUUUAUUUUUGGUCAAAAUUCAUAUCGGUUUAUUUUUUUUUCGGCAAAGUUGACAGUUUUUGUGUUUUGACAAAUACUUUUCGUAUGAAAUUGUCUUCGAACUGAAAAAUUACCAGCAACGGAAGGGAGAGGCGCAUCCACACAUAAACACACACACAGAUUGUUGCAUUUGUAGCUUUUUAGGGACGUUCAUAAAUGUUUCGUUUGUUUUCAAUUGUGUUGUUCAUCGAGUCGCCAACAAGUUGUCCCCAUCGCUGGAAAGUACUCACCCCCUGCAGGAAAGUGCGCGUAGUGUUUGUACGAAAAAGAAAGCCGAUUUUUGAUACAUAUGAAUGUGGGCAAAACUAUAGAGACAAAAUCUUGUGUGUACCGUUGUAAGUAAGGAAUAAGCAAGCUAAAAUGAAGAAAACAAUAAUCGCGUGUGCGCUCAGAAAUUAGAAAUCACACGCUGUACCAGGAAAUUUGAGGAAUGUAAAGAAAGGAAGGAACAAAGUAUAUAUUUUUAUAUACCGUAAUAAAAGAAGAAAACAAAAACGUUAAAUGAUAAAAACAAUGUAAUCUAGAGCAAGUGUAAUAACGUAAUAAAACACACUAAACUAAUACAAUACUUGAUAAGCUAAAUUAUACAAAGCAGCCACACACACACAAAAGAGGAAAAAUCAUAAUGUAUUUUAAAAACAACAACAAAAGAAAGAUGAACAAAUUUAUCUGUGAAAUUUGUACCAUAUUAGCGAUUUGAUACUGCAGCAAACACACACAAACACGGCAAGUUACACCCAAAACAAAACCAAGCAACACGCAGAUUUAAAACAAUAACACAGACACACACACACAGUCGAACAAUAGUUUUUUGUAUGAAUCUUUGUGAAAACGCGAGCGAAAGCGUAGAAACGCACGAGAGCGAGAGAGAGCGAGCGGUGAGGCGUGAAGUGAAACAAACAAAAAAAGAUGAAUCAAAUAGAAUUGUAAUAAAAUACCUUCAUGGAACACAUUUUCAUAAAAAAAACAAACAUUUAAAAAAAGGCCGUUUUCUUACUUGUUUGGCGUGUGACAGGUUGUGUGCGAGCGAGAGAGAGAGCGCGAAUUUUGUGUGAACGCGAUCUUAGAACAAUUUUUGAAUGAGAGAGCAAGCGGAAAAGCAAUCACAAUAAUUUUGGGUUUUGUUUGUUUUUAGUUUUUUUUUUCUAUUUUCGUCACCCGCUAAGUUUAAGAAUUUAACAAAACUAUAAUUUGAAAUUGAAGAAGUGGAAAAGGAAUUUGCACAAAGUGUAGACUUUCAAACGAGGGGAAAACAUUUUGCUAACAAAACCAAAAUUUACAAAAAAAAUGAAAUUGAAUCGACCACCCCCUCCGGAAUGGAAUGUACUUUUCAUAAAUCUAGUUUCUAUCGUUUAAUUUUAGGCAGAGAAAAAAAAUAUUAUAAAAGUAGACCCCUUUUUUCGAUUUGAUUGCAUGUGUUUAGGACUUUUUUUGUUUGUUUGUAAAUUGGCAAAAAAAUGCUCAUAAAUUGUCGCUUAAAAUAAAAAUUAAAAAAAUUAAGAAGUUUAAAGCAGAAGCGACAGUUUGUGUGCUUUUUAACUAGAUUUUCGUUUUUAUUCGUACAGAAUUGGUCUGUGAGAGAAGAUGCAACUAAACAAAACAAUAAAACGUGUAGGAUAAUUUUGCAGGACGCAGCGAGCAGUGGUAAAAUCAAGAUUGCAAAGAAUCAAAUAUUAUUUUAUUAUUUUUUUAUUUUUAUUUAAGCAUUUAUGUAUUUAAGCACAACAGAAAUUAUGAGAAAAAUGAGUUAUAAUAUAUUUCAUUUAAUUAGUAAGA